GUGGGGGCUAGGAGGCCGAGGCGCCGCGGCGGCCGUGGGCGAGCUUCCGUGCGGCCUGCUCCAGGACAUGUCCGCGUGAGGACCAGCCGCCGCCGCUGCCUUCUCCGGCCCCGGCCGCGCGCGCACCAUGGGCUCCAUUCUGAGCCGCCGUAUCGCGGGCGUGGAGGACAUCGACAUCCAGGCGAACUCGGCCUACCGAUACCCCCCGAAGUCCGGAAACUACUUUGCCUCACACUUUUUCAUGGGUGGUGAGAAAUUCGACACCCCUCACCCUGAAGGCUACCUCUUUGGUGAGAACAUGGACCUGAACUUCCUGGGCAACCGCCCGGUCCAGUUUCCUUACGUCACUCCCGCCCCCCACGAGCCGGUGAAGACGCUGAGGAGCUUGGUGAACAUCCGCAAGGACUCCUUGCGGCUCGUGAGGUACAAAGACGACGCUGACAGCCCCACUGAGGAGAAUGAGAAGCCCCGGGUCCUCUACAGCCUGGAGUUCACCUUCGACGCAGACGCCCGCGUGGCCAUCACCAUCUACUGCCAGGCGACCGAGGAGUUCCUGAACGGCACGGCUGUAUACAGCCCCAAGAGCGCCGCCCUGCAGUCCGAGACUGUCCACUACAAGAGAGGGGUGGGCCAGCAGUUCUCCCUGCCCUCCUUCAAGAUCGACUUCUCGGAGUGGAAGGAUGAUGAGCUGAACUUUGACCUGGACCGGGGCGUGUUUCCGGUGGUCGUCCAGGCCGUGGUGGACGAAGGGGACGUUGUGGAGGUGACUGGCCACGCCCACGUGCUCUUGGCUGCCUUUGAAAAGCACAUGGAUGGCAGCUUCUCUGUGAAACCUUUAAAGCAAAAGCAAAUUGUGGACCGGGUCAGCUACCUGCUGCAGGAGAUUUACGGCAUCGAGAACAAGAACACCCGGGAGACAAAGCCCGCAGAUGACGAGAACAGCGACAACAGCAACGAGUGCGUAGUGUGCCUGUCGGACCUGCGAGACACGCUCAUCCUGCCCUGCCGCCACCUCUGCCUUUGCAACUCCUGUGCCGACACCCUGCGCUACCAGGCCAACAAUUGUCCCAUCUGCCGGCUGCCUUUCCGGGCCCUUCUACAGAUCCGGGCUGUGCGGAAGAAGCCAGGGGCUCUGUCCCCCGUCUCCUUCAGCCCUGUCCUGGCCCAGAGCGUGGAUCAUGAUGAGCACUCUUGCCCCUUUAAAAAAUCAAAGUCGCACCCUGCCUCACUGGCCAGCAAGAAACCCAAAAGGGAAACAAGUCCUGACAGCGUCCCACCAGGCUACGAGCCCAUCUCCCUGCUCGAGGCACUCAAUGGCCUGCGGGCCGUCUCCCCUGCCAUCCCCUCAGCGCCCCUCUAUGAGGAGAUCACCUACUCGGGGGGCUCAGACGCCCUGUCCCAGGCCAGCUGCCCGCUUGCUGGGAUCAAUCCGAUCACAGACAGCAGCCAUCAGGAGGGCAAGCCACGGAACAGGUCUCCUGACAGUACCCUGCGGUCCCCAUCGUCCCCCAUCCGCGAAGAGGACGAAGAGAAGCUCUCAGAGGACUCGGACGCCCCUCCCCCGCUGAGUGGCCGGGACCUGGCUCUGCGGAAAAGCAGCUCCCCUGAGAGUUUCAUCACGGAAGAGGUUGACGAGAUGUCGGUAAAGCAAGGGAGCCAGGCCCCGUCCGUUGAGAGCAUCCUGCCGGACAGCAGCCCCGAGCACCAUGGCCUCGGCCCGCCCGCCGACAUCUUCCUGCCAGGAUGCUCCGCCUCCACGGAGAUGCCCCACGGCCUCGGCACCACUGGCCCACCCUGGCCUCUGCUGGGUGGCCCUCAUCCCGACCCCGGGGCCACCGAGCUGACCCUCCUUUGAGAGCUGGCCCAGCCAGCAGCAUGGAGCUCUCAGCUCCCCAGUGUUGCCAAGGGGCUGCCUGGGCCCAGUGCGACUCCGGCCUCCCACCUGCACGUGCCCACAGCCACCGGUUCUGAGGGCCAGCGGCCCUCGAUCCAGGCACACAUGGACAUGACUGUCCCCUGAUGCCCCUUUUUCUACGGUCGACGUGUUUGUAAAUGGUACAGAUGAAGGACAGCAGCUUUCUGCCGUUUGCUCUCGCGCUGCUGGUUGGCGGCAGGGCUGAUUGGCCUGGGAUUGGCGUGGCCCAGCCCCUAGCCGGGGGACCGGUGCCGGGAACUCGUAUGACUGGUGGAAGAGCCUUUGCUGGCCAUGAAGUGCCGUGUUGGGCCAUGCGCUCUGCUCGCCUCUCCCCUGCUGGCCAGCUGGGGCCCUUGGGGCAGGCAGGGGUCUGGAGGCAAGGCUGCUGUGCAGACACAGGGUGUUCGCUGGUGGUUUCGGGGGGCAGCCUGCCCGCAGCCUCUUGGAGGCCCCAAUCCAUUUGCAUCUCAGAUGCCUCCACGUGGGGGCCUCCCGCUAGACCCGCCCACCCUGAGGGGCCCGCACGUCUGCCCCAGCUCUCCUGUGCCACGUCCGCAUCCCUGUGCGUUUCUCUUUGACUCGUUGUCUGGGGCUCCUGGAGCGGACCUGCUGGGGAGCGGAGUCCCACCACAAUGUUUUUUAGGGUAAACCUCUGAGCAGCGGAAGGAUGAUAGGGGCUGGCGUGGGACCUGGUGCUUGUAGGGUGAGAGCUGGCCCACAGGGGCCUUGAGCCAGCAGAGGUCCAUGCGGCUCCCGGGGUGGGCAGCAUCCUGGGACUCUCCCAGCCUCUCCCUGCCUGUGCACCUCUGGGCGCUCGGGAGAAUCCGUUGAUCAGACUUCUUUUCCUCCAGCUGAUUCUGCACGUGGUGCCCUCACCUUUUCACAGCCCUGCUUGUCCCAGGCCGCCCGCCCGUGCCCAGCUCUUACGCCAGCCCUCCUGUCCUGCCGUGCUCAGGCACCCACCGCACUCACACACGUGUGCGCGCGCACACACAGGCCGGCGUCUCUCCUCUGCUCACUGGCCGUUGGUGUUGGAGCUGGCGCUCUGUGUGAAGGCCAGUGCUGGUUUGCCCAUCUUGCUUCCGCGUGCUAUCGCUUGUAAUCUGAUUGGCUAGUUUUUUGUCCGUUUUUACUGUGUAUUUAUAGUAAUAAAAUCAUGCAGCAAUAUCCU